CCGCCUGACGCCUCCCCCGGCCGGCGCGGCCAUGGCGGAGCGGCGGCGCUGAACCGGCGGCGCGGAACCCGGCGGCUCAUGGCGGGGCCCGGCGCGGCCCCUCCGCGCUUGGCUCUGGCCGUGGCCGCGCUGGCAGCGCUGGUCGCCGUCAAGUAUUACCGGGAUGGCGAGGCGGCCCGGCAGCAGGAGCUGGCCCUGAAGUCCUUGGGAAGCGAGGGGCUGUUUCUCUUCUCGUCUCUGGACACCAACAACGAUCUGUACCUCAGUCCAGAAGAGUUCAAGCCGAUCGCUGAGAAGCUGACGGGGGUUGCUCCAGUCUCGGAGUUCGAAGAGGAGGAGACGCCCGAUCCAAGCGGGGAGACGUUGGCCGUUGUGGCUAAAUUCCAGCCGUUGGUCAUGGAAACAAUGACCAAGAGCAAGGAUGGUUUCUUGGGAAUUUCUCAUGUCGCUCUGUCUGGGCUGCGGAACUGGACGGCGCCGGCAGCCCCGAUGAGCACAAUGCUGGCCAGGCAGUUCAAAGCCUUUCUCCCUCCAAAGAAUAAACUGGAGCUCGGGGAUCCCUGGUGGAUAAUUCCCAGUGAACUCAACAUCUUCACUGGGUAUCUUUCCAACAACAGAUUUUACCCUCCGCCUCCCAAGGGUAAAGAGAUCAUAAUCCACAAGCUUUUGAGCAUGUUCCACCCACGGCCCUUCGUCAAAACGCGCUUUGCUCCUCAGGGCGCGGUGGCCUGUAUCCAGGCCAUCAGCACCUUCUACUACACCAUCGCCUUCAGGAUCCACGCUGAGUUCCAGCUGAACGAACCGCCGCGCUUCCCGUUCUGGUUUUCCCCAGGCCAGUUCACAGGUCACAUCAUCCUCUCCAAGGAUUCCUCCCACGUCCGAGAGUUUAAGCUCUUUGUCCCUAACAACAGGUCUCUGAACGUGGACAUGGAGUGGCUGUACGGGGCGAGCGAGAGCAGCAACAUGGAAGUGGACAUCGGAUACCUGCCCCAGAUGGAGCUGGAGGCGACGGGGCCUUCGGUCCCCUCUGUGAUCCACGAUGAGAACGGGAAUGUGAUCGACAGCCGGGAUCCCUCGGGGGAGCCCAUUCAGUUCGUGUUCGAAGAGAUAACCUGGCAGCGGGAAAUCCCCUGGGAAGAGGCCGCGCGGAAGCUGGAGGUGGCCAUGUAUCCGUUCAAGAAGGUCUCCUAUCUUCCCUUCACACAAGCUUUUGAGAGAGCGAAAGCGGAGAAGAAGCUGGUGCACUCCAUCCUGCUGUGGGGCGCCCUGGACGACCAGUCCUGCUGAGGUUCGGGGCGAACUCUCCGGGAGACCGUCCUGGAAAGUUCGCCCAUCCUCGCCCUGCUGAACGAGAGCUUUGUGAGCAGCUGGUCGCUGGUGAAGGAGCUGGAGGAGCUGCAGAGCAACAGCGAGAACGAGUUCUACAGCAAGCUGGCUGCCCUGCACCUGGAGAAAUACACCUUCCCCGUGGAGAUGAUCAUCUGCCUCCCCAACGGCACGGUGGUUCACCAUAUCAACGCCAACUACUUCCUGGACAUCACUUCUAUGAAGCCUGAAGAUGUUGAAAGCAGCAUCUUUAGUUUUUCAAGCAAUUUUGAAGACCCCUCCACUGCAACGUACCUCCAGUUCCUGAAGGAAGGACUGCAAAGGGCAAAACCGUACCUGCAGACCUAAAACCAGAGGCACCCGAAUGCCCCACAGAGAUGGCCAAAGACUUCAGAGAUCUAUUUUGAUUAUAGAAACCCUUCCUCAUCUUCACGGCAGACGCUGAUGUUGAGACGCAGACAGUCCCAGAACUGGGGCUUUGCUCAGGAUGUUGCUUUAAUCCAAGUUUCAAGCGAUACCAGUUUACGUAACCCACCUGUUUGAGUUCAGACACGAUACUACGUAUCUAUAAACACUCUCGGUGCACACGCCUCGGUUCGCUGCUCGCCCUCGUCUUUUUCCAGCUCCUGCUCAGACUCUGUGGUGAAACUCUUGUCACAGCUGCACCGAGCGUCACCGGACACCCCGGAUCUGAAGGACUGGCCUGUGUGGAAUCACGGGGAGCAGCUUCCCCCUUAGGACCGAACGAUCGCGGUGAGCGCCUGUGCCCGUGGGUGAAGGCGCAGGAUCCAGCGCCGGGGAAGCUCUGAGCUGCCCAGGGCUCGGGUGCCACCUCCUCACGGUGGCGUUUGUUGACAGUGUGACCAUAGGAGGUUCAAACCAGCGGCCUGAGCUCCGGAGCCCUCACAGCGCCCCGGGUGCUGCGCUGGGCGAGCGGUUCGUGGUCGUUCAGGUUCUUCGUGUCUGAGGGAGGCGCUGAGGUUGGCACAGUGGGAUUAGGAAUGGGGACGAGGGCGUGAGGGGUUUGGUGCCGCUCAGAGAGCUCAGGCCUGGGUUAACUCGGGGGACCAGAGCCCCCGUCAGCCCCGCCAGCGCAGAACCAGCGCGCUCCAGGCCACGGCACCGCGCAGCGUCCCCGCUUUGUUCUCCCAGCACCUCCUCGGAGCUGCUGAAACGCUCCGUCCCUGUUGGCUUCGAGCUUCCCGGUCACACGGAACGAUGAACCACGACAAAGUUCCCUUUGGGAACGGGAGGUUCAGCGUGAACUGCCCGAGAACGGAGCAGAUCCAAACGGCAGCAGGAGGGAGGGCGUUUUCAGGAGAUUUUUCCAAGGAUUGUUCAGGCAGAAGCCAUCGGCCCUUCUGCAGCCGCCCUGAGCAGCAGCUCCUGCCCUGUGCCAACGCCGGCUACAGGGCGAGCGUGAUUUGGAGAGGGAAAGGCUAAACGAAACGGGUUUUGAAGCAUAUUCCUGUAGACAGUGAGGAGACAAAGCAUCUUCACUAGGCGGCUGCCGACAGCUGUGGCUGGUGAUGCUUUUUCUGCUCUCUGAAGCACAAUUUUGUUGGACCAAAUCAAAUGAUGGGGAAAAGCCUUUUACUUGGAAGGGAUAUUUUGAUUCCUGGGCUCCUGGGAGGAACCCGGGGGUGGCGAUGCCCCUGUCCCCACCCCAGCCUGGCCCCGUGGCUGGAGCCUGAGCUUAGCUGGACCAGCACCGCUUCACUAAUUGCUCUCAGGCGAUUAAUUACCCCUGGGAUGUUUCUCAGUAUCGGCUUUAUAACUAUGCAUUAGCUCUGCACUUUUCCCGCGCUCCGAGGGCCCCGCGGCAGCGUCGGGCUCGGGUCUGGCACUGCGGAACGCGCCAAAACCUGCGGGCAGCGCUUGAGUCCGAGCUCCUAUCGCACCGGUGGCCUCGUCCCUUUAGGACUUUGUUCCCGUCCCUCUUGGGGUUCGUCCAAGCGGAGGGCGGCAGAGAGCCAGCGUCACCUUCCAGGCUCCUCGGGCAGCUCAGCUCCAGCCCUUCUGCCUUUUUAAAGCUCCACUCGAGUUAUUUUUGCUGCAGCCCCUCGCUGGGGGGCUCUGGAUGUCAAAGCGACGUCUGUCAGUCGUGCCGGGAUGGAAAGUUCCUUCCCCUCGUCCUUCCCUUUGUGUUCCUCCCCUGGGUUCGCAGCAGCAGCUCUGCGGGGUUUGUUGCUCUUUGUCUCUCAGGCUUUGGGAAGCAGCAGGUUGGUGCUGGGUGACCCUGCGCGCCGGAGCUCCCGGCGGGGCCGGCUCAGGGGGCCCGUCCCGCGCCGAGCGGGGGCUCCCACAGAACAACGGGGGGCCCUGAAAAUCCCGUUCCUUUGUUUUUCGGGCUCUCAGCCCCCUGGAUCUGGGGGGUCCAGGAGAACCAGCUCUGCCCCUGGUUACCCCGUUAACAGCAAAGCUAAUUGACCCGCCGCGGGCUCCGGGAAGAGCCUGUUGAAGCGUUUACUCCUGGGUGCCAAGCUCUUUGUCUCCUCUUUGUAACUUUACUUGGAUUUUCCACCAGGUUUGUGGUGCCGGGGGGGGCAGGUGCUGCUCCCCCCACCCCCGGUGCUGUGUGACGCUCUGGUCCCAAACCCAUCGGGCCAGCGCUGAUGUUCGUCACCGAGGGGCGGGGGGAGCGGGUCGGUCAGCCCCGCGCGGGUCGGUGCUGUAGCUGCAUCGGUAAAACCGUCCCUGGAACCA